AUGUACGAUUACUUUGAUAUGAUUCGCGAAUUUGAGGUAAAGAAGAGGAAAUUCGAGUUUGAUUCUCAGACCGACAUCACAUUUCACAUCCCAGUGGUACUCAAGGAAAUUUCAGAGGAGCAGUGUCAUCAGUCUUUAACCGACCGAUUGGUAUCUUUGAAAUACAGUGAAAAGGUUUUCCUAAGUGGAAGAGAUAAGCUUUGUAUCAACUCGUCAAUCAUGCAAAGUUGGUUCAAAGAUCCGGUUUCCAAGAUGAUGAAUCACAUCAGCAGUGUUCUUAAAGAAGAACGGAUGAAAGAUGUUGGUCUAAUAGUCAAAGUUGGAGGGUUUGCGGAGAGUCCAUAUGUCCAACAGAUGAUUCGGAAAGAACUUCCUGGAAAACAUUUGCUAAUUCCUGGGGAGGCGGGUCUGGCUGUACUGAAAGGAGCCGUUAUGUUCGGACACAAGCCCGACAUUAUUUCAUCCAGGGUUAUAGAUUACACGUAUGGUAGACCGGUAGUGGAACCGUAUGACGAGAAUAAACAUCCUGCUGAUAAGAAAAUAAACAAUAAUGGAUAUUGGGAGGUCGACCACGCUUUCCUCAUAUUUGUGAGAGCCAAUGAAGAUGUGCCAGUUGAUAGCAAGGUGACACAUGUAACCAAUCCUAACUCCAUACAUAGCCGUAUUGGCAUAUACAGGACGAAAGACAGGGACCCGGUAUUCACAACAGAUCCUGGAUGUGAGCAACUUGGUGAAAUUGAAAUUAACCGAGACGAAACAAUUCCACUGGAGGAACAGAAAAAUAAGACAACGUUCAUGUUCGGUGACACCGAAUUGCAUGUGAUGUGUGAGAACGUAAAGACUGGCAAAGUGGAGACACUAACAAUUGAUUUGAGUCAAUAA